CCGAUGUCCCAGGGCUCCCGGCCCUGGUUUGCAACGGGAAGAACGUGAUCCGGCCCAGACUGGAGACGACAAAAGAAGAAGUUAGCAGCAGCAUAAGACUUGCACUCACGACCGUGCUUGGGAGUCGUUUUAGCGGACACCUGCCUGAUCUCCAGAUCAGCGAUUGCUUCUCAUCAGAAGGGAAUGAGCGCAACAGCAUGGACGAGGGCAUGGUCUACGCCGUUAAGAAGCAGUACAAGGACCUCCUGGUUACGCAAGUUGACAGAAACGCGGGCGACCUAGUGAUGAUGUGUCCAUCCACGUACCCGUACGGCUUGGACAAGAUGUUUACCUGGAAUACGGCGUAUGACGAGGUGAGCAGCGGCGAAAUGGAAAUACUGAAAGAGCUGAAGCGAGAUUUUGAAGCCCUUGGACUGCACAAGUUGGUGAACUGGAAUUCAAAGGGGAAGAUCGACAGUGCUUACGUGCUACCCAAGCACAAGGAUCUUGAGCGAUGGCGGCCCAUAGCCCCUGCCAGCAGUGAACCCACUACGACUGGCAGUCGAUGGAUAGCGCGGGCACUCAACUACCUACUGGAGAAGCUUCUCGGAGCAGAACAUUUCAACCUUACUGCUACAGCCUCGCUCAAGCAGAAUUUGAAGAAAGCCGAGAAGAAGCUCCACAUAUUUGGAGAAGGAACAACGACGAUAUGCGGAGGUUUCGACAUUAAAGAAAUGUUUACAUCCCUUCCGCAUGCGGCCGUCAUGGAAGCUCUAUCCUGGUUGCUGGGCGAAUGGGAGAAGAAGGGCUACCGUAAGAUUACAGUAUGCAAAAGAAGGAAGCAGGUGUCACUAGGUGCGAAGCUGUUUGGGAAGGCUUACGUUAAGCUUCCUUUCGACUUUAUCCGGAGCUUCGUACUCUUUGAAAUGCAACACACCUACACCAAGUGUAGAGGGAAGUUGCUCAAGCAGGUCAUCGGAGUAACGGGGAAGAACAAUAGUCCCCCAUUGGCAUGCCUCCUCUGAGCAAAGUACGAAGAAAGAUUUAUGAAGUCGUUGGGAAGUGAUCGCAAGCUCGUCCAUGGAGUUAGGUUCAUGGACGAUGCAAUGCUAGCAG